UCGUUUACUAUCGAAGUUGCUAUUCCUACAUAAAAAAUUUGUAUUUGUUUGUGCCGCAUACUCGAUUCGCAGCUCGCAGAGCACGGACGUGUGUUCUCCACAAAACAAAUAAUAAAUAAUAAUAAUAAGAAAAACCCGUAGAUUCGGCCAGUGCGUGUGUUAAGGAGACGAAAGAUUCUGUCCACGGUAGCGCGUUCACAUCUUUCGCUUUUGAUACCUGUUGCAUCUGUCUGUUGUGCCGGGUUACUAAACAGUUAUCGCCUAGCGCAUACGCUUAAGAAACCAAUUCUAUAUACAUUGACGACACAUAGUAUUCUCUUCUAUAUAGAUUAACUGAAGUGCAUUUGAAAAGGCAUUUGAAGUGCUUGGAGAACACACCGAAAUACUCGAAUUAUAAACAAAUACACACAAUGGGUUCCAUGCUCUGUAAGGAAUACAAAACAACUGGCAAAGUUACGCCCAAUCCGGAUCAGAAUUCAGGUGCCGCCGGCUCCUAUCAAUCCAAGUGCGAGAAGAUGUUCGCCGUCAGCGAUGUGGAGAAGGAAUCGGAGUACACCGAGGCAGUGGCCGUCUGCAAGGCCAGCGAGGUGGCCGAGAACAGCAUGAAGCAGGUGGACUUUGAUGAGGAUACCAGCGUGCUGCUGGUCAAGCAGCAUGGCAAACUGCAUGCCAUUGGCUCGAAGUGCACCCAUUAUGGGGCACCGAUGCACACGGGCGCACUGGGCAUCGGGCGCAUCCGUUGUCCGUGGCAUGGCGCCUGCUUCAACCUGGAGACGGGCGACAUUGAGGACUUUCCCGGCCUCGACUCGCUGCCCUGCUACAAGGUGAACGUCAGCGAUGAGGGUCAGGUGAUGGUGCGCAUGAAGCGCACCGAUCUGGAGAAGACCAAGCGUCUGAAGAGCAUGGCCAAGCGUAAUCCAAAGGACGAACGCUGCUACAUUGUCGUCGGCGGCGGGCCAUCGGGUGCCAUUUGCGUGGAGACGCUGCGCCAGGAGGGCUUCACCGGCCGCCUGAUCCUCGUGUGCCGCGAGCCCUAUUUGCCGUACGAUCGCGUCAAGGUGUGCAAGUUCGCGAACAUCCCCAUCGAGAGCAUACAGUUCCGUGAUGAGAAGUUCUACAAGGACAACAACAUCGAGGUGUGGCAGGGCGUUAGCGCCGAGAAGCUGAUCACGGCCCAGAAGGAGCUGCACUGCUCCAAUGGCUAUGUGGUCAAGUAUGAUAAGAUUUACAUAGCCACCGGCGGUGCGGCUGUAAAGCCGCCCAUUCCUGGUGUCGACCUGGAGAUGGUGAGGACGGUGCGCGACUUUAAGGAGGCUCAGGAGCUAUUCGGUUUGGUAACGCCAAAAUCGCGUGUCGUCUGCCUCGGCUCCAGUUUCAUAUCGUUGGAGGUGGCCGCGGCGCUGGUCUCGAAGGUGGCCAGCGUUACGGUAAUCGGGCGCGACACCGUCCCAUUGAAGGCGUCCUUCGGCGAGGAGAUUGGCGCCCGUAUCAUGAAGCUCUUCCAGGACAACAAUGUGACCAUGCUGAUGGAGAGCGGCAUCACGAACAUCAUUGGCGACGAGGAGGGUGUGCUGAUCGAGGUGGACCUGCUGGAUGAGUCGACCAUACCAUGCGACAUACUGGUCAUGGGCACCGGCUCCAAGCCGAACACCGAAUUCCUGAUCGAUUCGGGUGUGCGGGUCAAUGAGAAUGGCACCGUCGACGUGACCGAUUUUCUGGAGACGAACGUGCCCGAUGUCUAUGUGGGCGGUGACAUUGCCAACGCCCACAUCUACGGCCUGGCCCAGUCACGCGUCAACAUCGGCCACUACCAGCUGGCCCAGUACCACGGCCGGAUUGCGGCGAUCAACAUGUGCGGCAGCAUCAAGAAGAUGGAGGCGGUGCCCUUCUUCUUCACCCUGCUCUUCGGCCACGGCAUACGCUAUGCGGGCUAUGGCGCCUACAAGGACAUCAUCAUCGAUGGCAGCCUGGAGGACAUGAAAUUCGUUGCCUACUAUGUGAAUCAUGCCGACACCGUCACCGCCGUCGCCUCCUGCAAUCGCGAUCCCGUCGUGGCCCAGUUCGCCGAGCUCAUCUCACAGGGCAAGUGCCUAGGACGCAAUCAAAUCGAAAACGUGGCGAAUCGCCAGGCCUGGACGGCCCAGCUGCUGCAGCCGUUGCCCAAGGUGCGCUAAACACCUCAGAGACCAUCGACCCGAUGCCAGCAACAAGAGAUUCAUGCUUAUAUAUAUAUUUAUAUGUAUAUAUACAUACAUAUAUAUUUAUGUAUAGGUAUGUAUCCUAGUAUUAUUGUAUGUGAACGGCCACAGCAGUUGACUCAUGACUGUUCCUCAAAUACGCCCGUAUAUAUAUAUAUAUAUAUAUGUAUAUUAUGGCCCUGUAUAUGUAUAUAUCUAUAUAUAUACAUAUAGACACUUAUGUAUAUAUAUCCGUUAUCAUCCAAAAUUGUGUCGUGGCUAAAUUGAAAAAAUAGUAUGUAUGUAAAAUAAAAUAUUUUUUUUUUUUUUUUACCACAGCGUUUCUUUUUCUGAUAUUAUAAGUAAAGCAACUAAAUUUGUAUUGAAUAUAAACUUAAAUAAAGGAAAGCUCAAAUCUAUGCUGAAUAUAUUAUAA